AGAGGAGGAAGAAGAAGAAGAUUUUGCAGAAAGAAAAAUCAUGCUUGAUUCAUUCACAAAACAAACAAAUGCUUUAGAUGUUGAUAAGCACAUGAUGGCAUAUAUAGAAGAAGAAAUGCGUAAACGGAGAGGACAAAGUUCUGAUUCGAAAAAUGAUGUAGAGGACGCUGAACAUGCAGAUCCUUUAAAUCCUCAAGAUGAACUAUUCCAAGCUCCCGAUCAUUUACGA